CGCAACAACUCGCGGACGGGUGCACAAUGCACGCGCGGUGAACAAAACAAUCGCAAUGCUGUUUGAGAAUCCUAACGCGAAAUUGUACCCAGCUUUCAACAUCCCACCGCCAGUUAGGCUCAGCGGUGCGCUUGGAGGCUUGGAGAUGGUGGACGGAGAAUUGGCAGCUCAUGUGUUGAGCGCACAGGCCGCUGCCCAUGCUGCGGCUACGGCUGCUGCUCAUCAGCAGCAACAACAGAUUGCUGUUCAACAAAUAAAAAACUCCCCAUCAUCAGGCCGUUCAACCCCAGUUGCUACAAACACUGGUGGUACCACAUCACCGUCACCAAGUAAACUGUUUGUUGGAGGGCUAAGCUGGCAGACCAGCUCUGAGAAGCUCAGGGAAUACUUUGCUAUGUUUGGAGCUGUCACAGAUGUUCUCAUCAUGAAAGAUCCUGUCACACAGCGUUCGCGCGGCUUCGGUUUCAUCACAUUUCAGGAGGCCUCAUCAGUAGACAAAGUGCUCGCCGUGCCGGUGCACACUCUGGACGGGAAACGCAUCGACCCAAAACACGCCACGCCCAAAUCUGCCCCGAAACCGACUAAAACAAAAAAGAUAUUCGUGGGCGGCGUCGGGCAAGACACUUCCGCGGAGGAGGUCCGAGCUUAUUUCUCUCAAUUCGGCCUCGUCGAAGACGCGGUGAUGCUCAUGGACCAGCAGACGAAGCGCCAUCGCGGCUUCGGGUUCGUCACCUUCCAUUCCGAGGAGGCGGUCGAGCGCGUCUGCGACAUUCACUUCCACACGAUUAAGAACAAGAAGGUGGAGUGUAAGCGCGCGCAGCCGAAGGAGGCGGUGGCCGCCACGCCCCUCGCCCUCGGCAAGAGAUUGGUCCUUCGGCCCGGGCGCGGUCUGGUGUACGCGGGCGGCGUGGGCGCCGUGCCCACGGUGGGCGCCCACGCCUACCGCUACGCUCCGUACGCACUGCCCUCCGGCGCCACCGCGGCCACGGCGCUCGUGGCCCCGCCGGCCCCGGCCCCCGCCCCCGCCUUGCCGCAGUUCGGCGCCUCGUACUCCCUGGCCGGCGUCGACAUGUCGUCCUUCCAGGGCAUCGACUGGAGCGCGAUGUACGGAGUGCCCAUGUACAUCUAGGCCGAUCGAGCGACCCCACCCGCCUUCGUUUAGGUCGCGCUGCGAUUUUUUUUUUCAAAAACGGUUCCUACUAAACUUGCCGAGUCGCGGCUCAGGUUAGGUUUUGAGCAAUAAUUGGCCCGACGCGGGACCCGACGCAAAGAUUCGCAUUUUUAUUAUUGUAAGGCGAAGAUCUCAGUUUUAUUUUGUUAGUUUGAAACUUGUUUUGUCUUGAAUUUUAUUCGUAUUCGUAGUUUUAGUGCACGUUUGGCGAUAUUUGAGGAUGGUGAAUCUCGCAGCUGUGCAGCGGACGAGCGGACGACGCGCGACGCCGCGGCGGAACGAUCAGUAUUAUAUGAAUCCGUGCCAUUGCCACGCGUUGUGCCAAAACGUUUUUUUUUUAUUUCGGAAUGAGACCGGGGAGAAUGGAAGGACCCUCGACCCAGUGUUGGAGACGGCAUCGCUAUUCGCAUAUAGGCCGCGACCCGCAUUAAAGUGACGAUUCUUCAGAAACGGAAACGUCCCGCCCCACGCCGGACGUCCCCGUGACGUCGCGCGGCGUCCGCCGCUCGCUCGCCACUUAUACAUAUCUAACAGAAAAAGCAAUCAUUUGUACGCCAUUUUAUGAUGUAGACGACGCUGUUCUGUCGUGAUUUUUGAGAGCUGACAUUAAUUUUAGGUAAAUUAGGUUGGCCAAAUGUGGACGUGAUUUAAUUGGCACGGUUUGAAUGUACCGCCUCAGUAUUAUAAGAGAAAUUGUUGAAUAUUUUCAAGUAGCAAUGCUCAAUUUUCCCUAUUAUUUAGAUUAAGCGAUACAUUUUGGCAACUGUUCCAGUUCCUCUGAGUACUUAAUGAAUCUCAAUUAUAACUCAUAUCUUAAAAUUAAGUUUAUUAAGAGGCUAAAUAUCUCAAAAAUCACAACAAGUGACAAUUGAAUCGGACCGAAUAGCGUUCGAUAGGACCACACAUGCGACGACACUCGAUUCCAUGCUUAAAUUUUUUUGUAAAACUUUGAGGGUAGUACGUACAUUUUGGAAGUACCCACAUUUUUGUAGUUUUUUUUUCAAAGUGAGAAAAUCGUUGUGUGUGGUCAAAUGUCAAAUAGCGUCAUAGAUAAGUAACGUGAAUGCAUACUAACACCUGUGUACGACAAUAAUAGAACAGCCGUAGACAAUGCCUGCCUUUGCCUGCCUCCGACAGUCCGACAUUACAUGGUCCUUGCCCUAUUUUUAAUUUUUUAAUGGUAAGUAAUUUUUUUUUCGGGUGGAGGGUUCGAAAGAAAAGUUUGCUUAAUUUUUGUGAUUAUAGCGUGUCUCUUUAAAUUUGACGAUGCUCUGGAGUCUAUAGAACAUGCGACCAGGUGUGGUUCUACAUGAUCUUGCCGGGUAUCUUGCCUCUCUCAAAAUGUAUUCUAAUAUUCCUUUAAGAAAGCCUAGAAAUUCUUAAAAGGCCGGCAAUGCAUUCGCGAGCCCUCUGGCAUCUAGUGUCCAUGGGUGGCGGUAUCACUU